AUGUUGUAUGGCAUGCAGACAGUACCAGUAACAAAGUUCCAAGAAGCAAAGAUGGAGGUGGCAGAGAUGCGAAUAUUGAGAUUCGCUCUGCGUCUCGCACGGAAAAACAGAAUAAGGAAUGAGAUAGUGAGGUACAUGCUAGCCACAAGAAGGCUUGGGGAGAAGUUAAGAGAGUGGAGACUGAGAUGGUUUGGAGAGAAAUACAUUGGCCAAAAAAUGAUGCAGAUGACAAUGCCAGGAAAGAGACGUAAAGGCAGACCUAAAAGGCGUUUUAUGGACAACAUCGGAGAAGAUAUGAGGCAAGUAGGUGCUGUGGAGGAGGACACUCAAGAUAGAAAGAGAUGGAGAAAGUUGACGCGCUGUGGUGACCCCUGUUGCAAGGAAAAGCCGAAAGGCAAAUAA